UGGAGUUUCCUCUGCAACUCAUCCUUCGCGGGAGAAGGUUCCUUCGAUCUCACUUUGUUACAAGAACCCUAGGUUUCUUCCUGGAAUCCCUUCUGCUCCGUUGGGUUUUCUCCAUUUCGGCAGUAACGUGAGUCUCUACUGCUCUACCUCACCCUCGAGGGUUUCUUCCUUACAAUUCGUGGUUUUCCCCUUCUGAACCGGAGGGAGGACGACGAUGGACAUCGUCUCUUCCUCCAAACCCGCAUGCGUAGAUCUAAAAUCAUUGUUCUGUGCUAACACCAAGUUUCUAGAAUGUCGAAGGGUAUUCCUUAAUCGUAGGUUUGCUUGUAAUCGACGUCUUGUUUUAGCUCAAACUAGGUUAAGAUUUCAGGAUGAUAUUGCUUCUAGGAUAUCGAAGUUCUCCGUUAGAUCGAGAAGCCCUAGAUUUUCGGCUGUUGCCGUGGAGACAGUGACGACCACCACAGAGGAAGAGGUCGAGGAUAUAGAGUCUCUGUUUUCGGAUAGUUCAAAAAAGGAAACGUCGGCGAAGAAGAGAGAUAAGCAGGUUGGGAGUGGAGCUUCGAGUAUUUCGUCUGGGGUUAGGUUAGAGAACAUCAGCAAGAGCUUUAAGGGUGUUACAGUCUUGAAGAACGUCAGUUGGGAGGUGAAGAAGGGGGAGAAACUGGGAUUGGUGGGGGUUAAUGGUGCUGGGAAGACGACCCAAAUGAAGAUUAUCGCGGGAGAAGAGGAGCCUGAUUCGGGGUACCUGAUCAAGGCGAAGCCCAAUAUGAAAAUCUCGUUCUUGACGCAGGAAUUUGAGGUCUCGCCUAGUAGGACGGUGAAGGAAGAAUUCAUGAGUGCGUUCAAGGAAGAAAUGGAGAUUGCGGAAAGGAUUGAGAAGGUACAGAGGGCGUUGGAAAAGGCGGUGGAUGAUUUGGCAUUGAUGGGCAGGCUUUUGGAUGAAUUGGACUUGCUUCAGAGGCGGGCAGAUGCUGUUGAUCUCGAUGAGGUCGACGUGAAAAUCAGUAAGAUGGUGCCGGAGCUUGGGUUCUCUCCCGAAGACACGGAUAGAUUAGUUGCUUCAUUUAGUAGUGGUUGGCAGAUGAGGAUGUCUCUGGGGAAGAUUCUUCUCCAGGAGCCUGAUUUGCUUCUUUUGGAUGAGCCCACAAAUCACCUUGAUCUCGACACGAUAGAAUGGUUGGAAGGUUACCUUCAGAAGCAAGAUGUACCAAUGGUUGUUAUAUCACAUGACAGAGCUUUUCUUGAUCAGCUGUGCACAAAGAUUGUGGAGACAGACAUGGGAGUUUCAAGGACUUAUGAUGGAAAUUAUUCUCAGUAUAUCCUAGCAAGAGAAGCAUGGAUAGAGACCCAAUUUGCGGCAUGGGAAAAGCAGCAGAAGCAAAUUGAGCAAACAAAAGAUAUUAUUAGUCGAUUGAGUGGUGGAGCUAAUACAGGUCGUGCAUCAACUGCAGAGAAGAAACUGGAGAAGUUACAAGAAGAAGAACAGAUUGAGAAGCCAUUCCAGCGCAAACAAAUGAGAAUCAGAUUUCCUGAACGGGGAAGAAGUGGGAGAUCUGUCAUAGCGAUCAAGGGCCUAGAAUUUGGCUAUGACGAUAAGCUGCUGUUUGAUAAAGCAAGCAUUUCUAUUGAGAAGGGCGAGAAAAUUGCUAUAAUCGGUCCAAAUGGAUGUGGAAAAAGUACGUUGCUCAAACUUAUUAUGGGUUAUGAGAAGCCAAAAGGCGGUGAACUUUUGAUUGGGGAGCAUAAUGUUCUGCCCAAUUAUUUUGAACAGAACCAGGCAGAAGCUCUAGACUUGGAGAAAACAGUGCUUGAGACUGUUGAAGAAGUUGCUGAGGACUGGAGAAUUGAUGAUAUAAAGGGGCUUCUUGGUCGUUGUAAUUUCAAAUCAGACAUGCUUGAUAGAAAAGUGUCUUUCUUGAGUGGUGGCGAAAAGGCACGACUUGCAUUUUGUAAGUUUAUGGUGAAGCCAUCAACUUUGCUUGUUUUAGAUGAACCGACCAAUCAUCUUGACAUACCAUCAAAGGAGAUGCUUGAGGAGGCAAUAACAGAGUACAAGGGCACUGUUAUUACAGUUUCUCAUGAUCGAUAUUUUAUAAGACAGAUAGUUAAUAGAGUAAUUGAGGUGAAGGAUGGAAAACUUCAAGACUAUGCAGGGGAUUAUAACUAUUACCUUGAGAAAAACCUUGAGGCUAGACAGAGGGAACUCGAGCGUGAAGCAGAGCUGGAGGAGAAGGCUCCAAAGGUGAAGGCAAAAUCUAAGAUGUCAAAGGCUGAAAAAGAAGCAAGGAAAAAGCAAAAAAUGAUGGCAUUUCAGCAGGCAAAAGCAAAGUCAAAAGGGCUAAAGAAUGCGAAAAGAUGGAACUAACACGGUUUGAUGUUUCCAAUAUUCAAUUCUGCCAUUGUAAUUAUUCACCAUUUACCGCUAGAUCCCCCUGUAGAUGUUUGUAAAGAUCUAUUAAUGAAAGAGUUUAGAAGAUGAAAAGUUUUGGCUGCA